AUGUCAGAGAAGAAAGCUUCCUUGCUACUUGCAUGGCAAGUCAAAAACAAGCAUUGUUUGGUUAUCGGAGGAGGAGAUGUUGCCUUAUCGAGAAUCCAUCAUUUACUUAAUGCUGAGGCUAAGAUCACCGUUGUUAGUGGAGAUUCCAAGAUCCAUCCUGAUAUUAUUGAAUUAAAUGAACAAGGCAAAAUAUUUAAAUUGAUUAAAAGAGAUUAUGAAUCGAAUGACUUGACAACUUAUGAAAAUAUUCAUUCUAAUAUUCGAGAUCUUGAUGAAAUUACAUUUGAAAAAUAUGGAAUUAUUCAAGAUCAAGUUAUGAAUGAAAUAUUUGCUAUUAUAUGUUGUUGUAUUGAUGAUUAUGAAUUGAGCACCAAGAUCUAUUAUCAAUGUAAGUAUCUUAGAUUACCGGUUAAUAUUGCUGAUAAGCCACAUCUAUGUGAUUUUUAUUUUGGAUCAAUGUUAAAUUAUGAUAAUUUACAAAUUAUGGUUAGUACAAAUGGGAAAUCUCCUCGAUUAUCACGAUUAGUUAAAGAUAAUAUUAGUAAAGAAUUCGAAGAUGUGGAUAUGAAUCGAGCAGUUGAGAAUUUAGGUAUGAUUAGAAGUAGAUUACGUGAAUUGGUUAUGGAUGGUGAAGAUUUAAUUAGUAUUGAAACUAGAAUGACUUGGAUCAAGACUUUGACCGAUUUCUUCACCCUUAAAGAAUGGAGCGAGUUGAAUUUGAUUCCUCCGCCCUCGCCUCCUCCCCAUGAUAAUCGAUUUCAAUAUGUUGAUAACAUAAUAAGGUACUUUCCUGAUUAUCCACCUCAAGAUUAUGAAGAAUUCAAGCAAGAGGUUUUGAGAUAG